GUCGAAACUUUCCAGAACGACCAGACUAUCAUCUAGUUUGUGAGGCUCGAUUUAACAAUGAAGUCCUUUCAACUGAUCCUAUGCCUCACACCGUCCAACCGGUGUUUGAACAAGAACUUGCCUGGGAACUGGACCGAUCCCGGCUCAAGCAACACCGGUUGCACAGAACCGUCCUUAAAAUUCAACUCUACGCAGUGCAUACGAGCACCCCAGUCAAGGAAGCCGUUGGAAUGUUUAUGCUGGACUUACGAUCUUGUUCUUUCAACAAAGAAUAUAAAUGGUUUCGUCUGCUGCACUGUAAGUACAAGGGGCCCCCUGAAGUGUUUUGUGGGAUUUAUUUGGACACAAACGAAGGCGUUGUGGUUCCUGUCCAAGUGGUGAAGUCGGGUAAGUCUGUUCGUGCUCUGUCGAUCCACUACGCUGCUGUUGCUAGAAACAGUGAUGUCUUGCGUGCGUAUUUCCAACAUAUCAAUCCGAUCCCCGUGAAACUCUUCUAUGGAACGCGAUGCCUGGCCCGUGCUCUGGUUGCCUCGGACCGUUUUCUGGCAUCAGCCGACUCCACUUUACAGAGUGCUGUGAUCCUGGAGGGACAUUUUCAGCUUCUCUCCGCUGAGCCUUCCGGCAAGAACGCAUCAUCCGUUCUACUAAUGGACGAGGAUGAUAAGCCUUGUAUCUCAUUCAGUUUACAACUCAGAGAACUUCAAGAUCGAACCCCCACGCAAAUUCAGGCAUCCUCUGAACCUCAGCCAAUCUGUGUAAGUGACUCUGUCAAGCCGAAUGAACCAGCAGACCAUGUGCCGGGGAUUCUUCGUCAGCGUAACUGGUCACCUGCACGGAGCAAGAGUGACGAAAGAACUCACGGUACUGCAGCCCAUGUGUCUCUAGCGAGUGAUUUUCUACCCUUAUCUUCAACGCAGGAUGUGCAACACAAAGAGUUAACAAAAUCUGAUAAGGGUGACGAUUCCAGGGUCAAUCAGUGCGAAGUCGGUCGUGUCAACCCGUCUCCAAGGGAACCUAUACGGCGCUUCUGUUACACAAUUGAAUUGCGUAGCCUCAAGUAUUUUCAGUCUUCCGAUGGGGAACCCAAGGUGUACGCCAGAUACGUAUACCCACCAUUCGAAAGUGGAGCCCCAGUGAUGACGAUGCCUCCGGUAGCCCUACCGAGAAAUGAGGAAGUGAUUCUACCGAAUGGAUUUUGCGCAUUUGAAUUUGCUGCAUCCCUGCCAGAAUUGCGAGAACGUGUUGCAGCGACACCCCUUGUUGUUGAGGUUUUUGUUCGAUCUGAAGAACCACAGGGGUCAGAUUCCCUACUGGGUCGUUCUACGAUACAGCUGGGUGCGAUCUUCAACUGUCCGGUUCAUAAAGCCCCUAACAGCAAGUCUACCACUCAACGUUAUGCAGGCGUUGCUGAGCUCGUUUCCAUUAGAUCGGUGAGCGAGAACGAUCUGAGUGGUUCAGGCGUGCAAUCCGACCGCAUUGUGGGGCAACUGGUCUAUAGCUUGCUCUUGGAGGAUCACGGUCCCCACUUGAUGAUGAAAGAUACGGAAACGGAACACAAGCAAGUUAUGGUAUCGGAAUCGGAAAUGGGUGAGAACAAGCUUCACAAGUUGGAGGAUGUCCGUUCGACCGCCGAAUACAGAACUGCGUUCGAACUGGAAUUAUGGCGCGCAAACGAAGAGGCCAAGUUCACCGCACGCUUAAAACAGCGCGAACAGCUUCUGAUGGCAACACUGGCCGAAGAGUGGCACAAGAGAGACAACGAACGGGAGGCUAUCUGCAGGAAAAAAUUGUCCGAGUAUCAGACCUUAGAGGACAAACUACGCAGCACUCUGGCGGAGCUGGCGACCCGUGAAUGCCAGCUAGCGGCGGGCGAAACUGAGUUAGCACGGAUCCGUCAGGAAACAGCCCAACAAGCAGAACUCAAACGAAAGGAAACUGCACAGCAAGCCAGAGCGGAAAUCCGUGAACUGGAGACUCAGCUGAAGAUGGAGAAGACAGAGUCUCAACGUUGGAGAGAACAGGCAGAGGAGUUGCGCGCCCGAUGCACUGACUUGGAAAAUGAAGUCAAUAGCGUUCGUAACCGGUUAGUUCAGGCGCAAUCACAUAAACCCAACGAAUCCAUCGAUCGGAAUCGGUCAGAACAACAGCAGGCCAGUUAUCAACUGGAGUUGGCGAAACUGGCAACAGAGUUGGCCAAGUCUCGAGAGACCAUAGUGGAGGUACGGCGUCAGCUGGAAGACGCGCAACGUGGUCGUGAUCGGUACAAACACUUAUGGACACGUGCACUACAUGAAGUGGCUCGCGUAAAACAAGAGGCGGAUUUCAAUGCGCGCCAGUCGUUGGCUAAAAGGGAGGCUGAAUUAGAGCAACUGCGGAUGCGCUAUUUGAAUAUGGAACAAAAAGAAAUUAUGGCGAAGGCUGCUGGAAUGCCAGAAAGUCAGCCCACUGCUUCUCAGACUCACGAAUGUGUACAGUUGUACGGAUCAACAAGAGAUCGGACAGACAGGCGACCAGCAUGUCCAUAUUUAUGUAAGCAGCGAUGCUGCCUUUCCUCGAGGAAGGACGGGUUAGAAAAGGCCGGCCCAAAAUCCGCACAGUUCGAUCACCCAAAGGAAAGUGACGGAGUGGACAUCGUUUUGUUGUUUGGUAAUUAUUCGUGCGCGCAAGGCAUUUUAAAGAUGAUGAUUGGAUGUGGUCCCUAUUCAAGUCUGUGUUUUGCAUCUUCACAGCGCAUUGUGUACCUUUACGACUUUCUGUCCUGUGGUGCUCCCCUGGUAAUUCAGAAUGAAGAACCUGAAUUUCUCGAUCGGUUCACACACCCUGCCGCCUGUAUAAGCCAUGCCUCCACCAUGAUGGAUGAAGUCAGCGAGCGGGUAAGCAAGGAACAAGCAGCAUUUCCCAGAUUGCGUCAUCUAUGGUCGGAAAUUUUCACUUGGAGCCUAAAGGUCUUGUAUAGAAGACUGAAAGGCAGAUACGACGAACCAAGGACCUCGAGCACCCUGAGACCUUCGAUCACCU